GCGGAGCGUGGCGGCGUCAGUUUCGGCGGGGAGUUUGCAGGAGCGAUGGCGGCGGCGCUCGGGGCUUUCUGAAGCGUGGAUUCAGCCCAGUGAGGGCUUGUGGUGACCGCAGAAGGCUACCAUGAUGGCAACCUUGGAAAGCUUGUCAAAAGAUUCUUUCAGUUUGCAUCAAAAUGGACAACUGAAGAAUGAUUCUGGUAAAGAAAACAAACGUGGUUACAAACUUUCAACGGAGAUUAAAGUGGAUAUUGAGAGACUCUAUGAAGCAGUCCCACACCUAUCAAAAUUUUUUUCCGUUGAAGACAAAAUUGGUGAAGGUACAUUCAGUUCUGUCUAUUUGGCUACCGCUCAACUGAAGUCGGGUAAAGUAGAGAAGUUUGCACUAAAACAUUUAAUUCCCACAAGCCAUCCAGUUCGUAUUGCUGCUGAACUUCAGUGUCUGACAGUUGCUGGGGGUAAAGACAAUGUAAUGGGCGUUAAAUACUGCUUAAGGAAGGAUGAUCAUGUGGUUAUUGUCAUGCCAUAUCUGGAGCAUGACUCCUUUUUGGAUCUUCUGAGUUCAAUGAAGCUGGAAGAAGUAAGAGAGUACAUGUAUAACUUACUGAAGGCCUUGAGACGCAUUCAUCACUUUGGCAUCAUUCAUCGUGACAUUAAGCCAAGCAACUUCCUGUACAAUGGGUGUCUGAAAAAAUAUGCUUUAGUGGACUUUGGUUUGGCCCAGGGAACAUCUGACACUAAAAUUGACCUUCUAAAGGUAGUAAAGACAGAAGACCAACUGAGAAGUUGCAUAAAGAGUAAAUCAACUACCAGCUCUGGAAAUAAGCUUCCCCAUUGUGAAACGUCGAGUAAACUCUUGGUUCAACACAGUGCUGGAAAACAACCUAUUAAAAGGCCCUGGCCCCCCACACAAGCUAAACCUGGAAAGGGGGAGUCUUCAGUUCCACGAUCUGUAUUUGGGGAAAGAAAUAUGAAUGUUCGUAGCUCUGGAAUUAGUGAGGGAGUAAAUAUAAAGCCAGCAAGAUCUACAAAAAUAGCAGAUAUAUCCUCCAGGAAAAUAUUAGUGGCCAAACGCAAAGUGGGAUCAUCAAAAGGUGCUUCAAGUUGUUCAAUCCGGAAGCCCAGCAUUUGUCCAGCAAACCUGACCUGUGAUUGUUAUACCACAGACAAGAUUUGCAGAGUUUGUCUCUCAAGACGUCAGCAAGUGGCCCCAAGAGCAGGUACUCCAGGAUUCAGAGCUCCAGAAGUCUUAAUGAAGUGCCCUCAUCAGACUUCAGCUAUCGACAUGUGGUCUGCAGGCGUCGUCUUCCUUUCCUUAUUGAGUGCCCGUUAUCCAUUUUUCAAAGCCAGUGAUGAUUUAACUGCAUUGGCACAGAUAAUGACUAUUCGUGGAUCGAAAGAAACAAUCCAGGCUGCUAAGUUAUUUGGUAAGGCUGUGUCAUGCAGCAAGGAAUGUCCGAAGCUGGAUUUGAGGACUUUGUGCGAAAGGCUUCGAGGAACGCACUGCUCCAAUAAAAGAAAGUCAAAUCAAAGGAGCGAGCCUGUAGAUUGUACAUAUAGCUUGGGCACAGUGCAAGUUCCAGAUGCCAAGAAUGAUGAAACAGAAGGUACUUCCUUGUCAUGCACACAAGAGGUUCCAAACCAGUCCAGAACUGUGAAACAGGAUAUUCAAUGGAACUCUGAUUUCAAAAGCAAAGCCAAAUCAUCAGACAUGAAGAACUGGUGUGGAGUUCCAGAUCUGGCCUAUGACCUUCUAGAUAAGCUUUUAGAUUUGAACCCAGCAACCAGAAUAACUGCAGAAAUAGCCUUGAAGCAUCCAUUCUUUGAAGAUCUUCAAUACCAAAUGGUUUUCCCUCCAAGCAAGGGAACACAAGGACUGAUAGCAGGGUACUACUUCAAAAGUCAAUAGGAGUCUAUGUGUCUACACAAAGGUUGAAGUUUUUGGGUGAGUCUUCCUGUGAAAUGCAUGUCAUUAGUUAAAUUAAUGAGAAAAUGGGUGUAAAUUUUAUUUGAAAACUGAAUGAUUUGCACCCUUUAUACCAAAUGCUCAGUAACCAGUAACCAAUGUCUUGUUUGCCAUUUGAUUUGUUUUCCAUUUGCUGUUUAUAUCCUUACUUCAAAGCAAUGAUCUUCAAUAAAAUGAUAGUUUA